CGGGCGGAUACUCUCCUAAACAACCACUCCUACCCACCUUUUCUUGGGUCAUUAUCCUCUUGGUCUCUUAGUUCUUCAGGCACUCCGGAAGUGAUGUGUCUCUCUUAAGGUUCGCCGAAGUCGAUUGGGCACUCCAGACAAGGGUCAUACGAUGCUCCAUCGAUAGCGAUCGAUCAUCUCCCCUCUUCUUGCUUCCUUGACUUCUUGUCUGGAACCUGUUACAUAUAACUCGAUUCCUUGAUGGCGGCCGCAGAGCAUGGAAUAGCAAUCAAUGAUGAAAGGUCUAUGGACCUUCCAUCGGUGCCCUCUAGUCAGGGUGUUGAGGCCUUUAAGGAUGUCAUCUUUGGCUCGGCAGCGGGUAUGGCAGGCAAGAUUAUCGAGUAUCCUUUUGACACUGUGAAAGUUCGGUUACAGUCUCAGCCCGAGCAUCUUCCCCUUCGAUACAAGGGACCUGUGGACUGCUUCCACCAGUCGUUCCAGGCUGAUGGCCUGCGAGGACUCUAUCGAGGUAUCAGUGCACCUAUGGCAGGGGCUGCUGUAGAGACUAGCUGCCUGUUCUUUAGCUACCGUAUCAUUCAGGAUGCGAUGAGAGCCGUUCUUCAUUCCUCAGACGAACCAUUGUCCUUUUCGGUCUUACUUCUCUGCGGUGCUGCAUCGGGAUCAGUCACCUCUCUUUUACUCACUCCAAUCGAGCUCAUAAAAUGCAAAAUGCAAGUUCUUGAGGCUCCUGGCUAUAGACCUAGUCCAUUCGCUCUCAUUGCUUCUAUCUUCCGACAAAAUGGAAUCCUCGGGUUCUGGCGGGGCCAGCUGGGAACGCUCAUUCGCGAAACCGGUGGGUCUGCGGCUUGGUUUGGAAGCUAUGAGGGCGUUUCAGCCCUCUUUCGGAAGUACUCUAUGAUAUCGCCGUCUGCAGGGUCAUCUCCUUCAGAAGAGCCGCCCCUUCCCGUGUAUCAACAAAUGAUUGCCGGAGCGACCGCAGGUAUCAGUUAUAAUUUCAUGUUCUAUCCUGCGGAUACAAUCAAAUCGCGGAUGCAAACGGAGGAUGUCUCCCGUGCUGCAGCAGAUGGGGAGCGGCGCAGUUUCUGGGGCGUUGGCAAGGCUUUAUGGCGGCAGCAGGGGUUAAAGGGUAUGUACAGAGGCUGUGGCAUUACUGUCGCGCGCUCGGCACCAAGUUCAGCCUUUAUAUUCUCUGUCUAUGAGGGACUACGACAAUAUUUCGGAUGAGACCCUGGCAUGCCUUUUUCUUUUCUUUUUUUGUCCCCUCUUGGGUGAAUCUACUUGUUUUGUAUAUGGUUUUUUUUAUCUAUCUCCCACGGCCGGUUUCCUGUGCAUUUCUUAUUUACAGGCUGACUCCCGUUCUCUUUUGUUAUUAUUCUUCUUUUUGCCAUUUACUUUUCCUUUGUUAGGUUGAUGCGAUGGAGAAAAAAAACAGGGCACACCUUCCGAGUACAUAGAUGUGGUAUUUUAUUUUCGAAAAUAAUGGGCAACGUUCUCAUAUGUAAUUCUAUUGGUAAUAUUGACUGGUGGAUACAUAAUAUAUUUCAUAUGUGCUUGACAAAAGGAAACAUUGGCCCCCGUGCAUAAAUAUCCAUUCAUAAACUGCGACUAAAAAAAAAGGGCGUCACCAUUUAGGAAGGUAAUCAGUUUAGCAUGGAAUAAUAUCCAUAUAAUGAGAAAGUACACUAGAGCCUCCA